UUUCGUGUCAGCGAGGCUACAUUGCGUAUGGGAAGUGAAGUGGCAGUUUUGUAGGUAUUUUCCUGCAAUUUUACCCGAUCCCACGCGUUUUCGGCUUCCUGUUCAUAUCAGUACGACACCAGAACAGCGUCUCAGUCAAAAUGACCGAACCAGAAGUAACAAUUAAUAUCCAGGACGUCAGCGACGGUUUAACAUCUGACGACGUGAACGUCAACAGCGCUCUUACGGUCAAUAAUGAAACCGUGGCCUCAAAGUCGCUUCCGGUACUCCGUGUUGAGAAAUUGAAGGACGAUUUGAACAGCAGUUCGUCCUACAUCAGUGGCGACGACUAUCAUAGCCACCAUGAAGGCUCGGAUGACCCUGAGGGCAGUAAAAAUGAGGAGCCAGAAUUUGUGGCACCAAGUGAUGAAUUGCGGGAUAAAAUUAUUAAUCAGGUGGAAUUCUACUUCUCUGAUGAAAACAUCCUUAAAGAUGCUUUUCUUUUGAAGCAUGUCAGGCGUAACAAGAUGGGCUACGUAAGCAUAAAACUCGUAACUUCAUUUAAAAAGAUGAAAAGUCUAACAAAGGAUUAUCGUGUGGUUGCUUACAGUCUUAGACAGUCAGAUAAACUAGAAGUGAAUGAAGAAGGAAGAAAAGUGAGAAGAAAAAAUCCUUUGCCUGAAUAUGACGAAACAACACCAUCAAGGUCUGUUGUUGCUAUAAAUUUGCCAAUGGAAAACCCAACAAUUGAGAACAUUGCUGAAAUGUUUUCAAAAUGCGGUGAAGUUGCUUUGAUCAGAAUUUUAAAACCGAAUAAGCCAAUACCACAGGAUAUCAAGAAAUACAGCAAUAAGCAUCCUGAGAUUGGGACAAGUACAUGUGCUGUAAUUGAAUUUGAGAAGCAUGAAUAUGCGCAAAAAGCUGUUGAAACUAUGACAGACAAGGAAGAUUGGAAAAGGGGUAUGAGGGUAGUUGUUCUUGCAGAAACAAAGAAAAAGAAUGAAAAAACUACUAAAGACAAUGCUCGGGAAUCUCAUGAAGGUGGUGGUGGUGGUGAUGAUACAAAAAGGAAGAAACGGGGUGGAAAGAAGCACAAAAACAAGCAUUUGGAUGCUGCCCAGGAUGAUUCCUCAUGCUACAGUAGUGGAUCAGAUUAUGACCCACCAACGCGCUCAUCGCUUAGUCCCAAUAAUUUUGAUGGAAACAAGCUGAGUCCAUCAAAUAGUCCGCGUUCUAGUCCUCGCUCAAGUCCCAUGACGAGUCCCAGAAGUCAGCGAAGGCGUGUUCAGCAUGGUAAAUCACCAUUAGCAGAGCACAGUCCAAAUGGAAGCCCAAGGCCAAGUCCUAGAAGCAGUCCUGAAUCUUCCAGGAAACGCUACGACAAUUCCUCGGGUGGGGAUAACAGCAGCCCAUCUAGCCCAUGGGUUCAAAGACGUUUAAAGGCGGCACAGGAAAUAAACAUGAGCCCACUUGCAGUGAGUCCGUCGGGAAGCCCUAUGUUUGCGAGACGUGGUGCUGAUGGACCUAGAAAACUGGCUGACCUUGAUGGCGUUGUUAGACAGCCCAAAGGUCCUGAUGGUACACGUGGCUUCCAUCUUGGCAGAGGAAAACCAAGAGCAAGUACCAUUUCAUAGGUACUUAAUAAUGUUGUGAAGUACAUUUCUUAGAUGCCAUUGUUGUCAAAAAAGGCAGUGAUAUAUGGUGUGCAAGUGUUGUAGCAUAUUUAGAGUCUUCUUAUCGUUGAAGAUGUUAAUUUGCCAACAUGUUUGCAAAAGUUGUUUAAUUGUUUUGCGUGCUGUUGUUGAUUAAAGUGAUAGUGAGGUAUAUUUUACAACUUAAACUAUGUAGUGACUGUGCUUUUUUAUUGUAGUCACAUUUAAUACCAGAUUUAUUGAACUGAAAAAAGAAUUGUAUUGCAAAGAUUAAUGUUUGUGCAAUCCAUGUAAAUACUGCAUUAUGUAAUGAAGAAAACAAGACUUCAAAUAAAGUGGUUAUUACAUUCCAUUUCUGCUGCCCGCGUAUGUUCAACAAAAUUAAGGAUAAAUUGUUGAGUGGUUGAUAUUAUUGCUAUUAAAAUUGUGCUGUAAAAAUAGUUAAUCUGUUUGAUAUCAUGUUUAUUGCUGUUGUUUUUAUGGAGUCUUUUAAUGUAAGUUCAUUUCAUAUGCAUGCCAGUUUCAAAUCUUGCUGUGCAUUAGUGUAUGACAAUUGAUUCUUUGACUCAAAUAAAAACACUGCAACUGUUACUUAAGAGAGAUACUUGAAACAAAAUAUUUCUGAGUCUGACACAGAUCACAUUUAAACUUCAGCUUUAUUUAGUCACGUAAAAAGUAGAAGUACUUUUUAACAGGCCUUGUUUAAUGUGAAAGUGUUUUCAAUAAAUGUCCUGGUAUGUGUUAUUGGUAUGCCUGUAAGUCUUUGUUUUGAUUUAUAUAUGAUGUUAUUUUUUAUUUUUUUUACCAAAAGUCAUGUUUAAUUAUAUGAGUCGUGUUCUGAGAAAACUUGGAAUAAUGCAUGAGCAUAAAGUGUCGUCCCAGAUUAGCCUGUGCAGUCCGCACAGGCUAAUCAGGGACGUCACUUUCCGCUUUUAUGACAUUUUUCGUUUAAAUGAAGUCUCUUCUUAGCAAAAAUCCAAUUAAGGAGGAAAGUGUCGUCCCUGAUUAGCCGGUGCGAACUGCACAGGCUGAUCUGGGACAACACUUUCCGCACAUGCAUUAUGCCCAGUUUUCUCAGAACGCGACUCAUAUUAUUUCCAAUAUUUAGGAACAGCCAGAUGGGUUAAGAAGAUAAUAAGACUGUAAACAAAAAGUGUUGUUUUUAACAUGUGUGAGGGGUAAAGGCCCAUGUAGAAUUCAGUUAAGACGCAAGAUAAACUUGGAUGCUUACUUCUCCAAAGGAGAACUCUGUAAUAAAUAUCAAAACACAUUUGAUAUUAUAAUUUGUUAUGUUUAUUACAAUAAAUUAAUUUGUACUCCCAGUCAAAUAUUUGCAUCUACAUGUAUAUUUUUGGAUGUUUUUUAUUUAUUUGUAUUUAUUGUUUAAGUUGCCUCAUGUUUUUUUGUGAUUGUGAAUAUAAAAUGUUCAUAACAUUUUAUGUAAAAUCACUGAAUGUUAAUCAAACCUUGAUAUUGGGGCACUUAUAAUGCUUUGUUAUUUAAGUACUAGAACAUGUAGUACAUAACACAGAACUAUCAACUAAUUAAUGAAUUAUUAUAAUGAAAACACUGCUCUUGACAAUGAUUCAUUAUCUGCCUUUUGAUAUAGCCUAGGUUAUAAAACAUCAUGACAUUUAUAUAGUGGCUAUUACUUCUUUGGUCUUGAAAGUUUUUAUGAUAAGUGGACCAUAACUGGUUAUAAAGUAGCAAGUACUAACAAACUUAAUCCAAGAAUGGCAAAGUUCGUUACAAAGUAGUUCGGUUUAAAGGAUUUACUUUCAUAAUCAACUACCUUUACCAAUUAAAGCUAUAAAUUUGAUGUCUUGUCUGUUAGUAAGAGGCAAUUUGUGUCAAACUUAAGGAUUUGUUCAAAACUCCUGAAGAAAUCAAACAGGUUUUCUUUACAUGGCUUUAACUUAUAUAACAAGAAACAAAAGAUGUUGUCUGUAUAUAAUUACAAUAUUAAAGACGUUUACCAUUUGAUAUGCAUUUGUCCUUGUAACACUACUGUAUAGCAGGGAUUUCUCAAUACAAAAUUGAACAUUAGACCUUCAUUAUACAAAUUUAAUUCACUUAUAUGAUCUCUUAAUGCAGAUAUUUUUUUUUAAUGAUGCAAAUUAUAUCAAAUAUUGCACUAGGUACAGGACAAGACAAUAUAAUUCCCAUGUAAAAUAUAUAUUUAUCACUGUCCAUGUUCAUGUUAUUUAGUCUGUAAAGUGUAUUCAGUUUGUUUUCUUUUGUUUUCUGUUAAUAUAUAUUAUUUUGCAUUUAAAGGCAAUGAUUAUGUAGAGAUGCAGGAUACAUUUGAAUCGUUUAUUUGUUUGGUUUCUUGUCCCCAAAGUUCUUGUAAAAGUAUUAUCAUACAUGUAAUGUAUUGUUCCUUUCAUUUUUACGCCUAUGCUCCUCUCAUUUUAUGUUUACAUACAUGUAUGAUGCUAGUGUAUUAUGCAAAGCUGAACAUUUUUCAUUAUAUGCUUUCUAUUGUUCAUUUAUUACUUUAAUUAAUGAAAAAUUAAUGAAAGUGUACAUUUUAGAUUUUCUUACUGUCUAUCAUCCCACCAUCAGGAUUAUUACAUUUAGAACACUGGUGUAUUUAGCUUUGCUUUCCACUAUUUGGUGGACAUGUCAAUUAAAGAUUGUUUCAAUGUGUAUGAUAAAAUGUGGUAAUAUUUUGUCAUUUGUAUAAAGAUGAAUGCAUCAUUUGAUGCUCAUAUUUUGUGAAUUGUCAUAAACAAAUAUCUUUUUAUUAAAUAUGUAUGCAGCAACCUAUUUUUAA